CAUUACUCGAAGCAAAACAAAUGGAAAAACCAUCUUGGGUUCCUUACUUGACAGCAUGGCUUGCUACUCUGGCCCUCAUCCUCCUCGCCCUCCAUCUCCGCCGUCGUCAGAAACUCAACUUACCACCAGGUCCGAAACCAUGGCCGUUAAUCGGUAACCUCAACCUUAUUGGCCCACUUCCCCACCAAUCCAUCCAUGCCCUGUCCCGGAAAUAUGGACAUAUCAUGCAACUCAGAUUCGGGUCAUUCCCGGUCAUCGUAGCUUCGUCGUCCGAAAUGGCCCGAGCACUAUUGAAAACCAAUGAUGCUAUCUUCACUGACCGGCCCAAGACUGCAGCCGGCAAGUACACUACUUACAAUUAUUCCGAUAUCACAUGGUCGUCCUACGGUCCAUAUUGGCGUCAAGCGCGAAAGAUGUGCCUAAUGGAGCUUUUUAGCGCGAAACGCCUAGAGUCAUUCGAGUAUAUCCGAAAAGAAGAGAGGAAAAUUUUCCUGCGAAGGUUGUACCAAUCUUGUGGUACCCCAAUUGUUUUGAAAGACCAUCUUCUGAAUUUGAACCUUAACGUGAUCAGUAGGAUGGUGUUUGGGAAGAAAUACACGGAAUCGACUGGCGAGAACGAGAUCGUGACCCCGAAGGAGUUCAUGGAGAUGCUCAACGAGCUGUUCUUGCUUAACGGUGUGCUCGAUAUCGGUGACUCGAUCCCUUGGCUCAGUUUCCUUGAUUUGCAGGGCAAUAUUAAGAGAAUGAAGGUGUUGGCAAAGAAGUUCGACAGGUUCUUGGAACAUGUGUUGGAUGAACACAACGAAAGGAGAAAAGGGGUCAAAGAUUAUGUGGCUAAAGACAUGUUGGACGUGCUUUUGCAGCUGUCUGAGGAUCCCAAUCUUGAGGUCAAGCUUGAAAGGCAUGGUGUCAAGGCAUUUACUCAGGACAUAAUAGCUGCUGGAACCGAUAGUUCAUCAGUGACAGUAGAAUGGGCAGUUGCUGAACUGUUGAAAAAGCCAGAAAUUUUGGGCAAAGCCACAGAAGAACUUGAUAGGGUAAUCGGCAUAGAACGAUGGGUCGAAGAGGAUGACAUUGUUAACCUACACUACAUCAACUCAAUUGCAAAAGAGGCAAUGAGGUUGCACCCGGUGGCACCCAUGCUGGUGCCUCGUGUUGCUCGUCAAGAUUGUAAAGUAGCCGAUUACGAUAUUCCCAAGGGCACAAGAGCCCUUGUAAACAUUUGGACAAUCGGGAGAGACCCUAAUCUUUGGGACAAGCCCAAUGAAUUCUGGCCCGACAGGUUCAUUGGGAAGACAAUUGAUGUCAAAGGUCAUGAUUUUCAGUUGUUGCCAUUUGGGUCGGGUAGAAGGAAGUGCCCUGGAUAUCCCCUGGCGAUUAAGGUCAUUCAAACAAGUUUGGCUAAUGUUUUACAUGGCUUCACUUGGAAAUUACCUACAGAAGAUGAUCUUAAUAUGGAGGAAAUCUUCGGACUCUCCACCCCUAAAAGGUACCCACUUGAGGCCGUGGGACACCCUAGGUUCCCACUUCACAUGUACUCUUAAGUUUUUGAUUAACAUAGCACAUAAACGUGCAACAUUACAGCC